GAUGCCGUGGCAUCAUCUGGGCACGACUGCAAAAAGAGUGAAGUCACCACACUCAGGAGCCGGAAAUCUGACUUUGGCGCCCAGAUGGAAGGUCUGAGCAACAGAGAGCAGAAGGUGUCUGGAAGCCCACAGACCCCCGCUGGAGAGGCCGUCAUUGAGCAGGAUUUGCUGGGACACACGCCUUCGCCAUCCAUCUUUCCUGGUGCAGGUAAAUUGGACAGCCAGAAGUCCUGGCCACAGCCCAAAGUCAUCACAUUCGCCUGGAGACGAUGGGCAAGUUACAGCGGGCCAGGGAGGCAGAAGCGCGACUGGGUCAUCCCACCAAUCAAUGUGCCUGAAAACUCCCGGGGACCCUUCCCUCAGAUGCUUGUCAGAAUUCGCUCUGACCAGGACCGCGAUACUCAGAUCCGGUACAGCAUCACAGGCGUGGGUGCAGACCAACCUCCCAACGAGGUUUACAGCAUAGACCCUGUGGCAGGAAAAAUGUUUGUGACCCGGCCACUAGACCGAGAGGAGCGCUCCUCUUAUCACUUAAGAGCACAUGCAGUGGAUAUGAAUGGCAACAAGGUGGAAAACCCUAUUGACCUCUACAUCUAUGUCAUUGACAUGAACGACAACCGGCCUGAAUUCCGUAACCAAGUCUACAAUGGCUCUGUAGCUGAGGGUUCUAAGCCAGGCUCAUAUGUCAUGAAGGUGACGGCCAAUGAUGCAGAUGAUGACACCACAGCCAAUGGGAUGGUGCGCUACCGCAUCCUGUCUCAGUCACCCCACAGCCCCAUCCCCAACAUGUUCACCAUCAACAGUGAGACGGGUGAUAUUGUCACCAUGGCAGCAGGCCUGGACCGAGAGAAGGUGUCCCAGUACACCAUCAUCGUCCAGGCCACCGACAUGGAGGGAAACCUCAAUUUCGGGCUAUCCAACACUGCCACUGCCCUCAUCACUGUGACUGACAUCAAUGACAACCCCCCAGAGUUCAUUAGCCGGACGUUCUCCGGGGAGGUGCCAGAGAACAAGGUGAAUGUGGUGGUGGCCAACCUGACUGUCAAUGACCUGGACAAGCCACACACGCCCAACUGGAACGCGGUUUACAGGAUAGUCAGUGGGGACCCCUCCGGUCACUUCACCAUUCAGACACACCCAGUCACUAACGAUGGAAUGGUCACUGUGCUCAGGCCAGUGGACUAUGAGAUGAACCGGGCCUUCAUGCUGACAGUGGUGGUGAUCAAUCAGGAACCUCUGGCUAGCGGGAUCCAGUCCUCCUUGCAGUCCACGGCUGGGGUCACCAUCUCAGUGGCAGACGUCAAUGAGCCGCCUUUCUUUCCCACCAACCCCAAGCUUGUGCGUUUCGAGGAGGGUGUCCCAGCAGGCACCGCGCUCACCAACUUCGCCGCCACUGACCCAGACCGCUUUGUGCACCAGGUGCUCAGGUACUCCAAAUAUGAUGAUCCAGCCAGCUGGCUUAGUAUCAACAUUACCAAUGGCCAGAUUGUCACCACAGACCUCCUUGACCGUGAGUCCAUCUACGUGAAGAAUAACAUCUAUGAGGCCAAGUUCCUGGCAGCAGACAACGGAUCCCCCUCUGCCACCGGCACAGGCACCCUGCAGAUCUACCUGAUCGAUGUGAAUGACAACCCACCUACGCUGGUGCCCCAAGAGGUGCAGAUCUGCGAGAGGCUCCACGCCGCCACCAUCAAUAUCACGGCGUCUGACGUUGACACUGAGCCCAACAUGGGCCCCUUUGUUUUUGAACUGCCCGCCCAUCCGCCCAGUGUUCGCCACAACUGGACCGUGUCCCGGCUGAACGGUUACUACGCCCAGCUGAGGCUCCGCAUUCAGUAUCUGGAUGCGGGCGUAUAUGAUGUGCCUGUGGUGGUGUCCGACUCGGGGAACCCACCGCUCUCCAGCAGGUCCAUCAUCAAGGUGAAGGUGUGCCCAUGUGACGAGCACGGCGACUGCACCAACGCAGGGGCCGUGGCAUCCACCGGCCUGGGGACCGGAGCCAUUAUCGCCAUCCUCAUCUGCAUCAUCAUGCUGCUCAUCCUGGUGCUGUUGUUUGUGGGAUGGAUCAAGCGCCGGGAGAAGGAGCGACAGACCAAGCAGCUGCUGAUCGACCCCGAAGACGAUGUGCGGGAUAACAUUCUGAAAUAUGAUGAGGAGGGAGGCGGAGAGGAAGAUCAGGACUAUGAUCUCAGCCAGCUGCAGCAGCCUGGCUCCCUGGACCAUAUCAUUAAAAAACCUCCUGGAAUAAGAAGGGUCGAUGAGAGACCUGUGAUGGCUGAGGCCCAGUUCCCCGUCCGACCCGCUUUGCCCCAUCCUGGGGACAUCGGGGACUUCAUCCACGAGGGCUUGCGAGCGGCAGACAUUGACCCAACAGCACCACCCUAUGACUCCCUGCUGGUGUUCGACUACGAAGGAAGUGGUUCCAUGGCAGGAUCCAUCAGCUCUAUGGGCUCCUCCAGCACUGGCGACCAAAACUAUGAUUAUCUCAAGGACUGGGGGCCACGCUUCAAGAAGCUGGCUGACAUGUAUGGCAGUGGGGGUGACGACUAGGGCCUAAAACUUAGACUUCCCCCUAAUGCUCACAUGGAAUACCCUCCCCAAGCCCAAUCAAUGCAACACUCUCAAAUUCAACAAUGGCCUGGAUUGUAACAGGUGUGUUGAGGCCUGCAAAUCAGUCUCCUGUGGACUUUACUCAAAAACUCUUCUGUUUCUUUUUCCCUCCAUUUUAGUAUUAGUGUUUGGUGUUUUCUUGCUUCUGAUAUUAUUUUCUAGUCUUUGUCAUGGGCUGUCCAGUGUCCUGAGGGGCCCGUUUACAGGACAACUGCAGAAGGAGAGUGAUGCAUAGUACUACAUUUUUUUUGCAUUGAAAGAGUGUGAAAAGGCAUUCUUUUCUAACUUGAGUUCCUUGUAAAACAGAAGCACGGUUGUUAUGAAGUGCCUUUUGUGGUGUGUUUCAUUGGAGUCCCACUAUCUCAGGACUGCUGGCCGCUCGGAUGCUUUCGCGCGGCAUGCGUUUCAUUCUGCAUUCUGACCUACUCUCCACACCCCCCUUCCUGAAAUCUCUAAAUGCCUUCAGUUAGUCAACCUGUGGUUAAUUCACCAACAACUAAAAUUUAUUAUGUGGAAAACUGGCCCCAUAAAGAUCAGUAAAAAAUAGCAGUGGUUAUUUAUUUCAGAAGAAAUUGGUUCGAGUAAACCAGAUAUUUCUUGUUGGAGACUGAUAAAUAUAUUUAUACCUGUGCUGAUUAAAAACCAGAAGCAUGACCAUGAUCCGAUAAGGAGCUUCUGUCUAGCAGAGAAGUUCUAUUUAAAUUAAAAACAGUUUAUUUCCCCAAAAACAACAUAAAACGUCCAAUAAUAUCUUUCCAAUAUAAUUAAAAAUAUAUAAAAUCACUUUGGGAUUUGUACAGAUGAGGAAUGUUGCUCGUUCAGUUUCAUGAGGCUGGGGCCAUUUAAGGUCUGAUGCCCAUAUUUCUUUUAUAAUUUGUGUUGCUUUGCACUCUAAAAGCUCACCUGGGCAUGAUAUUAGAACAGUGCUAAGACAAAUGUGAAACAAGUCAUUGAGAAAGAGGACAGUAUUAAUGAUUUUAGUUAAUGACAUGAAAAAUUGCAUGAUUUUAUUUGUUUCCCAACAAAGUAUAGCACUUGUUUGUAUUUGAUCAGACUGGGAAAUGUUAUGUGAAACAAAUAUUUAAGCUGUAAAAAAAAAAAGACUUGAAGUGGAAAAAAAUGUGUAAAAGUACUAUUUUUAAAAGUGUUAAGGGAAUACAGUUACUGCUUUUGUGUUCUAGUUUUGCCUCAGGGCAGAAUCACAUCUUAGGGCCCUUGUGGUUCAAAACCUCUUCUUUUUUCCAGACUCACUACAGUACUUAAUUUUAAUUUUGAAAGGUUUUCAUGUGUUGUACAGUUCUGUUUUGAUGCAAGUACACAGAUCCCUUUUCUCGUUCUUUGUCACUGUAUAAUGUGUUUUCAAUGAUUACUUGCAUUCUACACACUUGAGAUAAGUGAUUUAUCUUAGAAAGCACCAAGAAUGAUUUCUAAAAUCUCUGCUGCUGAAAAAGGUGACAAGUGCUAUGUUUUUUUCAUUUCUUGUCAUUCAUCUAAAUACUGCAUA